AUGGGCGGCGAUGCAGUCAAGUUCAUUGCUAGCGAAAGCAAUCUUGCUAAGAAUCCAAUCAACGGAAACACCGACGCUGUCAUAGUUCCUCUCGGCAACGAAGGCGACGCGACCCCGGGAAAAACCACGUCACAGAUGAAAGAGUUCACUGAUAGACCAGUGAGCCUCGCGGUACCUCGAUUGAUCGGAUGCACCUCGGUCAUUGUCGUUUCGAAAAAGGGUGUGUGGGCCAAUCAUAUUUGGGACGCACCUAUUUUCCGGCCCGAACAGGAUAUCAACGAGGAGACAUAUGAGUCGACGGGCAAAUGGCUGACCCCUGGAUUUGGAUUUGACCUUGAAGUGGUAGAGCAAUUUCCCCGCCAGGCGCAACUCACCUUUUUUCAGGAGCACGCCCUCCAGCGGCUGCACACUCGGUACGAUCCUCCCGAUGACGAACAUAUCUCGGGACUCGACGAUUUACGAAAGGCGGGCGGUAUGUUUGAUGAAGCAAGCGAGCCAAGAAUUUUCAUGUUUUCGCCAUAUGUCUCCAUCGAUGACGAGAAGGACCCCAACUAUGGCGUUGAGCAUCCGCAAGGCCUCAACGCAGCUUGGGAUAGACCUGGCAACCCGGAGCCUAGAGCAGACGAGGGAGUGGCGCCUUUCAAUGAACAGAUCAGAGCCGAACUCCGAGGCAUUUUUGGAGCAGAGACGCAAAUCGAUACCGUCUUGUAUGCACCUGAUCUGGACGAGGAUCCGGAGGACGUUUCUUUCAACCUUCACCGCGGAAGGGCGUUGAUUCAGUUCCAACCUGGCGACCUGAGCCAAUGCGACCCUCCUUCAAAAGCCAAGUGGAGAAUUUGGUUUGAGGGACAAACAGAGCCUCAAGAUACUGUGGAAUGGGACCCUAUGGAUGAUCCAUCGCAGUGGUGCGAUCCCUCGGCGGGAACCAAGAGACUGCGCCUCCGGUGGAAGACUCCAACGGGAAGCUCAUGCGCCUCUACUGCCACCGUGUCUCAAUGCAACAUGGGGGCUUGCGUGCCGACAUCGUCGUGUGCGUCCUGGGUAGCCACCGCGACGCCAACCAGUGAACCUCCCCCGCCGCCAACCCAGACUGAGGCGCCCCCUCAACCUACAGCUCCACUGGAAGUGAAUCCUGUCCAAUGCCACGAUGAGAAGGACUUUCCUGGGCACGCCGAUAUAAAUCCCAGGGAACAAACUAUCAAAGCCGCUGUCUUCUGCAUUUCGGAAGAUUUGGGUUACAUGGGACCGACCAGUGCUAGAGGCCCACCAGUUCAUCUUCGGACUACUGAUGACUCCGGAACCAACUAUGAUUGGACAAUCAUGUGGGAUGCUGGCUGUACGGUGGAGGGUGGUUUGCAGAGCCUGAAGGACCCGUUGGGCGAAGACAAGAACACUUGUGCCGAAGUAAUGAGAGGAAAUUACGACAAAUGCCCUGGUAAUGGAGGUGUUGGAGGAAGGACGAAAGUCGGGUGUCUGAUCUACGACUUCACAGGCGGUCGAGGAUGA